UGACUCCCACCAACUCCACCGAGCGUAGAGCCAAAGUUCUGAUAGCUCACGCCACUCCCGAGAAGCCACACCGCCCCACUCCGUCGUCGUCUUCUCUCUUUCUUCUGGUAAUGUCCUUUCGUGUCCUUCUCUUUCUUCACUCUCUCUCUUACUGUAAAUGCUUGGAUUGCGUCCACAUUUUUCUGCUAUUUUCUCGCUAUUUUUUCUCUGAGAUUUUUUUUUAAAAUUUUAUAUUAUGUUCGUCAUCGCUUUCUGUCUAAUCUGGGGUUUCAGUAAAUAUUUUCUCGAGAAAUUUAUUGUAAUUGUUUGUGUAUAGCAAAAUUAUAUAUGCAUGUUUAUAUAUGUGUAGGGGCGUAGCUAAAUUACAUUUUAUUGCUAAUGUUUGAAAAAUAAAUUGUGAAAGCAUUUUUCUGUCAGAAUCAAUGGCGUUUUAGUGAUUAGAAUGAGUUCUUAACAGUAACUGUGCCUUCUUGAAUUGUUUUUACCGGAAAGUAUAUGAUAAUUACGUGUGAGUGAUUAGCGAUUAGCCUUUUCGGAAUUCGGGGUAUGUGGUUUGAGGAAAUUUUGUACUUGCUAGACUAGGGUUUCGUGAGAGAGGUGGAGAAAGUGAGGAAACUGUGUAUGGAAUGAACUUUUGGUCGGAAACGGAGUGGUGUAUAAACUGGAUUACAAUGUAGGAUACAUUUUUCAGAAAAUGUUCGUAGUUGUACCUUCGUUGCUGUAAUAAAUUGUGUUUGAUUAUGGUGAAAUUUGGAUUAAACAUGCCUCACUGCGAGGAGUUAUAUAUCGCUGUGCUAAACCCUUCGCAUUUUUGUACUUUGAAGUGGUAUUUUGUUUUGGUUGGUAUGAUUACCUGAGGAAGGGAUAGUUAUGGUUGCUAUGAAUAGUGAAUUUGACAGCUUUUUGUUAAGACCACCAAUGGAGUCAGACGAGGAGCAGGAUUGUUUUUGCGGGUUAUAUCCGGAGUAUGGUGCAAUUUUCAUGUCAAGCAGUGCAACGAUAGAUGAGUGUUUUGAACGGAGACUGUUUGGCCUUCCAUCUUCACAAGGCCAAUUUGUAAAGCAGAUUAAAACUGGAAUGAUUUUGUUUCUGUUUGAAUUCGAGAGGAGAGAACUUCAUGGUGUUUUUCAAGCAUGCUCUGAUGGUGAAAUGAAUAUUUUGCCUUCUGCAUACAAUUCAUCAGGAAGGCAGUUUCCUGCUCAGGUAAAAGUGAAGCUUAUUUGGCGUUGUCAUUCGCUUUCAGAACCUGAAUUCAGUGGCGCAAUCAAAGAUAACUACUUUUCAAAUUGGAAGUUCCGUUUCGGUCUCUCCAAAGCUCAGGUCCGAAGACUUUUAUUGUUGUUCAGCUCACGAAAGUUAAAAUAUCAGCAGCGGCAGAGACAAUUAGCCAGUAGAAGAGAACCAAUAUCAGUGGACACUGCUGGUAGAGUCAAGGAAGUCGAUGAUGGCAAGUCUGUAUUGAGUGAUAAGGCAAUCAACAAGCUUGUUGCCGACAAUCAUAAUGGGCCAAAAAUGAGUCAGUCACCGUGGAAUGUCUCUGGGAAUAUUGGAAAAGAAGAUGGUGGCAUGUUGGCAAGUGAUGAAGUGGGUAAUCUUCAUGAAGUAGACAAGAAGGUUGGGAAGAUCAUGCAGCGUGUGUAUCUUGGGCCUGUUCCAGGUGAAGUUGGAAAAUUGGAUGCUGCUUUUGCAAUGUCUGAGAGGGCAGGGAAUGAAUUUAAUGUGGAUGUUGAAUCUGUGUCAUCUGAGCAUCCUAUGUCGGAUCAAUCUGGACGAGGUGAUGACGAUCUGGUAAUUCAUGAUGAUUCUAGCUGUUUAAUUGGUGAUAAAUUACAAAUUGGCAAUAGUGAAAGUAAUGUUUUUGGGUCAGCUGUACCUACUGCGAACCCUGCUUUCUUUCAGUCUAGUCUUGAUAGACCUGUCUGUCCUGGCUUGCCUGUUGAAGAAACGGGUUCUUUGGUUCAAGAUCAAACUAGAUCAACUUCGACUGUUGGCAAUCUAAUGGAGCUGCCAAUUGCUAGCCAUAUUUGUUCCGCAUCUCCAUCUUAUAGAGAUGCGAUUGUAAUCAGCACCUAUGAUCCUGAUGCUCUUAGUCUGAACAAUCCACGCUCACCAUCACUUGGGGUCAAUCAGAGUUCAAAUUCCGUUCAAUAUUGUUAUAAACAACAUGGCAUUCUUUCCAUUACAAAUCAAUCAUAUACAGAGCUAAAAGGAAUCAAUCAAAGCCUAGAAUCCAAUCCAAAGUUUGAUGUUCAUGUUCCAAUCGCAUCCCAUGACCUUUACGAGCACUCAUGUCACGGGGACAUCAUGCCUUUUCCAGGGCUGGCAUAUUCUGAAGAAUUGGCUAUAGAUUCUUCUGGAAAACAUUGUUCCGGGGAGCCAGUUUUGAACAGUUCUUUAUCAAUUGAAAGUUUAUCACAAAUUGGAAGUAGUGGGACGGAAACCAAGAGGCCAACAUCUUAUUCUCUCAGUCCUAGUAACUGUCUGUCCUUUGUGAUUGAUCGUGGUCAUCCUGUAGCAUUACAAAAGAAACUUGAGCAAGAAAUGGCACAGAAAUUGAACGAUGAACCAUGUACUGCUAAUGUAACUUCAUCAGAGGAGCUUCAGUUCCAGUGGCAAUGUCGCAUUCAUCCUGAUGAUCACAGCGUGGACCACCAUAUACAGAAAUCUUAUGAUCGUGAUCUCAAUUCUUAUGCAUUCUCUGAAGGUAAGCAUUCUGAUCUGAAGAAUGAAAGAAGUGUAUUUUCUCGCUUGGCUUCAGAUACGCCUGGCAAAGAUAACAGUAUGCAUGCUGACAACGAGGAAAGUGAUAACGAUGCAUCAGUGGAUGAAGUCAUGGCAAUGUUGAGUGCGAGUAACUACAGCUGGGUGAAGUCAAAAAAUCCUAAGCGGCCUACUAGACGGCACGAUGACCAAGAGAAGUUUAGGAAUAAGAAAAAGACCAAAGUGGACUCUGAGUUGGAUAGUAAUUACUUGGAAUUGAUUCCAAAAAAAUCAAACAUGGCUUCUGCUACACCUGUUGAAGACAAAGAUGAUCAAAGGCGCGAAGAGGUACCAUUUGUGGAUUUCAAGCGACGGAGUGAACUGCAGAAACUUAAUGGUGAUACCAAAGCCAGAGCCAAGGAUGAAAUUGCAGAAAAUGAUAGACUGUUGGGUGGGCAGUGCAAGAGAAGGAAGUUGGUCAGGCCGAGUUUCAAUGACAACGAGCCACACGAUGAAAAAAGCAUGAAUGAAAACCCAUCUCUGAUUUUACAAGCAUCAUCACAAGAAUCUUCUGUUAGCGAAGAUGUUAAUGGCAAGAGAAGGAAGCUGGUUAGACCAAAGUUCAGGGUGAAUGAGCCAUGUGAUGACAAAAGCAUGAAUGGAGACACUUCUAAAAUUUUACAAGUAUCAUCUCAACACUGUUGUACUAGUGAAGAUAGUGGAAGUUGCGAGGCUUCUGUUGGAAGCCAAGGUAAGUUGUUACCGCAAGUUAUAGGUUUGUCGCUUAUGGUGUGUCAAAGCAGUCAUGAGAAUGAGAAUAAUCAAACCGAAAGAUCUUCAAAACAUGAAAGAGAAAUUGAAGCUGAAAGCUCCGCAGCAUCAGCCAAAUUAGGAGAUGAAGGUCGAAAAGAGCCUCUUCAUGAUGUUGGCAGCCAAAUUGCUGACCUUGCAAUCCCUAAGUUGUUACCGCAAUGUACAGAAUCGCCUCAAGUGGUUCGUGAAGGUCAAAAAGAGCUUCUUCAUGACGUUGGCAGCCAAAUUGCUAACCUUGCAAUUCUGUUACCGCAAUAUACAGAAUCACCUCAAGUAGUUCAUCAAAGCAGUUGUGAGAAUGAGAAUAUUGAAACGGAAAGAUUUCAAGAAUAUGAGCUGGAAAUUAAAACAGAAAUUUCCAGACGGUCUCUCAAACUUGGAGAUGGUGGUGGAGUGGAGCCUCUUCAUGAUCUUGGCAGCCCAAUUGGCAGCCUUGCAAUCCCAUAUGGAGACAACAAUCCUAAUGUUCAGAAAGACUCGGAUUAUAAGGUUCCUAUUGUAAACAAAUCAUCUCAAGAUUGUAAUGAUAUCAGUCACAUCACUGUUCAGGAGUCAGCCCUGCGAUUACCUGAACAGAAUUCUGGAACAGAAAAUGCAUUUUCUGAAAUUGAAUGUGCAAGAGUCAAUGAACUGGAGUUGCUUCCAAGCGUUGAACUUUGUCCUGAAAGUGGUGAUCUUAGUAGCGGUAAUGCAAUAGGCAGCUCAAGUAAUCUAAACUCUGGGUUGCAAAGAGGAACCAAAGAAGUUGCUAUUUGUGUAUAUGCUGGUGUUGGUGAUAACCACCAUGAAUCCAGUAAUAAACAAUCUGAGGCAUCUCUUGACACCGUGGGUUGCUUGGACAAGCAAGAACCGUCUCAAGAUCACAGAUCCAGUAAAUUGUCUGAGGCAUCUUUUGGCACUGUCGGUUGCUUCAAAAAGCCAGAAUCUUCUCUAGAAUUUCGGGACCUGAAUUUGGGAUUUGGAGAGCGACUUUUUAUACUUAGUAAUAGUUUCAAAAGCUCUGAUGUUACUGCUUCCAAGCUUGUGGGUGAAAGGAGAGAUGGUCUUCAAAUCAGCGGUAGUAAUGUUUGCAAAAGUUCCGACAUUGAUACUUCUGAGAUUGUGGAGGAUACGAUUAGCAAGGAUCUUGGUCCAAGCAGAAAACUUGAUCUCAAGGCAGCCGACAACCGCUCUGAUAUUGAUACUUCUAAGCAUGUGGGCGAUGCACAGGAUUCUCUUCCAAUCAGCGGUAGUAAUGUUUGCAAAAGCAUUAGUACCUCUGAGAAUGUAUGCAAGGGUAUAAUUAGAAAACGUGUACUGAAGAGAGCAAUCAACUGCUCUAAAUUUGAUACUUCUAUGCAUGUGGACGAUGUGAAGGAUGUUCAUCCAAUCCGCGACAGUAAUGUUGACAAAAGCAUUGGUACCUCCGAGGAUGUGGAAGAGAAGAAGGUUAUUUUCCCAAGCAGGGCUAUCAUUAGAAAACGUGUACUCAAGAUAGCAGACAACUGCUCUAAAAUUGAUACUUCUAAGCACGUGGACGAUGCAAAGGAUUUUCUCCCAAUCAGCGGCAGUAAUUCUUGCAAAAGCUCAGACGGUGCUACCUCUGAGAGUGCGGAAGCAAGGGAGGAUGUUCUUCAAAGCAACGUUGAAAUCGGAAAAGGUGAACUCAAGACGGUCUGCAGCCAAAAUACAAGUUUAGCUCAUGAUUUUGAGUUUGAUGAUGAUAGUAAAACUGAUGAUACUAGAAGAGAAAACAAGAGGCUUUGGAGUAUUCUAACGGCCAGGUUGAAGCAGCUGAAGAAUGCUCAACAAACAACAGUGACAAGGUCCUAGCUUUCGGUCGAUGAUCCAUCCUGAAAACGAGUCAUUGCAGUUGACGAACAGUUUUUUCAAGUUUUUGUUUAGUCGAAGUUAAAGAUCAACCCACAUUCCUGUAAAAGCCGAGUACUAGGGCUUUUCAGCUUGUCGUGGUGUUACUAACCGAAGAGCUGGAAAUACACGCAUGAAAGCUGCCGCCUGCCGCCUGCCGCCUGCCGCGUUCUUGACCUUCUUCCGGUAGCUGUUUUGGAGUUGCUUGGAGUGGAGUGGAAGAAUGCAAUGGUUAUGCAUGCAAAGUGAUGACCCUUUUUUUUGGUUAAGCUCUGAUUUUGGUUAAAGAAAAUCAGGAUUUGUGAAUCUGUUGAAGCAGGUUGAAGGAAAAUUAUAAUCUUGUUUUUUGUACUGCAGUGGUUUGUGUGGGUGAUGCCUUUACAUUGGAUAAUGUUCUUGAGAUGUUUCCUUAUCUUCCAAAACUUGAAUUUAUUUUCUUCAUCUC